GAAUUAUCUUGUCAGUUUCAUAUCUUGCAUCUUUGAACGAGGAGACCACGCUUACUUUUGCAGGCGAAUAAUUCCAGAACGAUGGCCGACGACGAAGAUAACGAGAACUUUGACGAGGACUUUGAUGAUGGAGAUGAACCACUUGAUGAAGCUAAUGAAGAGGAAGCGGAUGAUGGAGACCACAUUGACGUGCUACCGGCGGGAGAAGGCGUUCAACAGACGGAGAGAAUUACAACGCCUUAUAUGACGAAAUAUGAGCGGGCAAGAGUGUUAGGGACAAGAGCGUUACAGAUAGCGAUGAAUGCACCUGUUAUGGUUGAACUGGAAGGAGAGACCGAUCCUUUACAGAUUGCUAUGAAAGAACUCAAAGCCAGGAAGAUUCCCAUCAUCAUCCGACGAUACCUCCCCGAUGGAAGCUACGAGGAUUGGGGAUGCGAUGAGCUGGUUAUCGACUGAAACUUCAUCUUGGAGAUAAGAUGCAGAAAGACAGAGACUAUAGAAUUGACGGCGGUGUUUGAAAUAUUGAGACUCGCCCACGUCAGGCAGCAUGAGAUCCCUAAAUUGCUGGAUUAUAAAAGGAACCGUGGUUGCAAAUGGAGAUGCAGAAAGUUCAAAUCUCUUCAAUCUACUCUUGUUGGAAUGAUGAUAUCAGAAGACUGUGCUCGUGUCUUCCAGGGGCCGAUUUCACAAAGCCUUUAUUCAAUGACAAAUGACAAAAAUCAGUGAUAAAUCUGCCGAUAACCAAUCAGAAGCAAGGAUUUCAGUAGCUUAUAACAAAACCUUAUCAUUUGUCACUGAUGACAAGUUUUGUGAAACAGCCACCAGGUUCCAAUGUAAGAUGAUCAACUUCGACUUUCUGAGAAUGCAUUUUCUUCAGGGGCUUUACAA